AGAUCAAUGCUAAAAUGAAGUACGGAGGAACCACGGAGUAGUAGAUCCGUGUGCGUUGAGCGAAUAAAAACAUCAAGUAGAUCUUCACACAUAAGCCAAGCUUUGAUUUUUAUUUCGAAGAAAAGGAACAAUCUUCAAGAUGCCGAACUACAGCCAGAGCAACGCGUCCUCAAAGGAGCACCACUACAGUAGCCAUCGGAACAGUUCCGAGCGCGAACCUGGAAUAAACGACAACCCGACGGCGUCAGCGACGGAUCCCCAAGUUGUAGACUCUGCAACGGCGGACGGCGACAAUGGUAUUAGCGAAAGGGUGAUCGUGAUCGGUCAGAAGAUGAAGGGGUCGACGUCACGGGGAGCCUCGCUGGAUUCCACCACUCUGCUGGCAGGAGCGCCACCGCCAGCCGGAGAAAAUCCAAAUACCAUCAACCAUGCUGCUUAUGCAACGAAAAAAGUGUUACGGCUACACAUCGUGUUGCAGAACGUGCAAGACAGACAACCUCUCUCAUGCUGGAAAGGCAUGCGAGACUCGUUUUAUACGUGUUUUCCCUUACCUUAGGAUUUCUGCACCGCAAGUUUUCUCUGCAAUGCAGAGCAAGUCUGUGUUGCUAAAGUUGCAACAAAUUAUGUGUAACUGUAACACUUUUUUCUUGGGAUACUGCCAACGUCUCCUUCAAUAAACAGCCACAGUUUCAUAUUCAGGGAAAAAACUGUGUAAGUGUGACUUUGUAGGAAGAACAGCAUCACAAAUUCGUUUUGCAUUACAGAGAAGACCUGUCAUGCGCAGCUAGCACGUGGAAACACGUAUGAGAGUAGCCUAUCGCGCAGAUCCAGCAUGACAAGUGUAAUAGUGUUGCACUUUCUGCAUCAGAGAGUUACACUCACACAGUUUUUUUUCUUGCAUAUUUCAGCUCUCCGCCCCCUGUAUCCCCACGCCGACGAAUGCUGCGGGAAAAGCGAUGCCCGGGUCUGAGGAUAUCGUACCAGCAGCGCAGGGCGGAAGAAAGUACAGGUCGUACGAAGAUAGAGAACAAACCUCCUCCGCAAACACCUCCACCGGAGCUCCUGCUUCUGUGUAUGGAAGCCUGAACAGCAGCAGUGGCGGUAGGGGCGGAGUAGUAGACCGAGGUAAUGUAGAAGGUGGUCCUGCUAUCCAAGAAAAAAACGUUCUUAGUGUAAAUAUGUGAUGCGCAGCAUGCAAGAUGAUUGCGUCUGUCAUGCUUGGCAUGCGUUGCAGGGUCUAUUAAAGGGCGUUUUCACGUACUAUCCGCGCGUGACAGGUUUUUGCUGUCAUGCCAGGCAGAUUUGUAAUGCUGUUCCUUCAAAAAAGUUACACCUACAUUGUUUUUUUCUUGGAUACCUCCUGGUGGGGCUUAUCGCGACACAUCUACUUACCACACGACUUCCUACGGCAAUGGAGAAGCGAUGAACACGAAGGGGCAAUCAGGCGGUGGCUCGUACCACGACAAGAAUUCAUUAUCCUGUGCAAACGUAUCGUACUCGUACUAAUCGCAUUCAUGCAAGACAAAUUUCUUUCUCAAGUUAAAUCCGCAUUACAAAUUUUCUUUUUCAUGCUGGCGAAAGUUGUCAUGCGAUUUCUACUAGUAUGUACGAUGCUUUUGCAUUUCAUAUUCCUCCUCAGGAAACUAUGGUGACAAGUAUAAUGUUGACAAAGGCUACGAUAUCCUGAGUAAAAACGUACCCACACCAGAGUUGUCAUGCAAAUCUGCAAGCUUAAAAUGUUUCUCAUGCGGAGCCCCAUGAGAAGCAUUUUCUAAUGGUGUUUUGAAAUUUGUCAAGCUCCAAUCAGCAUGAGAGACUAGAUCUGUAAUGCUGCUGAACUAGCUCAAACAGCACUACAAUACGCGUCCGAAUUUGUCAUGCGAAACAGCCAAAGCUUGUGGAUUUGUCUAGCCGAUUCCCCAUCUUGACUAUGGGGUGGGUACGUUUUUACAUAGGAUAUACGACAGGGGCGGAGGCGGAUCUUCGUCGGGAUAUAAUAACGAGAAAGGAUCAAUUUCUGGUUACAACGAGAACAUCAAAGGGUAUAACGACAAAGGGUACAACAACAGCCACGAUAAAGGGGGGUCCUCGACGAGCUAUGACAAGUACAACAACGACAAAGGGUCGUCCUCGUAUGAGAAAGGAAACAACAAUAACUCUUCCUACUAUGGUAACAAUAAUAUUAACAACACGUCUACUUCCACCCGAGACCACUCCGGCUCCGGCGCGUACUCGGUCAGGGAGAACUACCACCACAACUUACAGGGCGUCACCUCUGCGCACCGGAGGGAUGACAAUGUCCCCGUCCCGUGGCGCUGCCUUGUGCCAGCGCCUGCGGCGGGGCCGAUCGUGGGGAAAGCAGGGGAAAAUCUGAAGACGAUCGUCAGUCGGAUCGGGGACGUUUUUGCCCGGGUAGACGUUACCAAGGACGGGGAGCUGGCGAAUUUGGAGGACAAAAUGCUCAUCAUCCGGGCGAGCACCCCGGAUAUGCAGUGGAAAAGUACUAUGAUCUUCCCGCUAGUAUAAAUCGCAAUAGAAAAAUACAACAUUUGCUUGUACUAGGGAAGCAAGUGCGGAGUUUGCGAUGCAGAUUCAAGUAAGAACUGUCUCAUGCGAGGUUGCGAUUUAUGCGAGUGCGAUGCGUAGUUGAUUCCACAGGAUAGCGGAGAAUAAAUUGCAAAUGUGUCGUUACGUGCUGCAAAAGGUGGAGGCGACCUUGCACAGCAACGCGGUGUUGGUCACAAAAUCGGUGGUUCCGGUGAAAAACACGAAUAGUACUACUUCUACUGCAGGUGCAGCAGCAGCUGCGGGGGAACAGAGUCAGAAUCAGAGUAGUACCGCAGCAGCAGACUCGAGUGGUGGUGCAGCUUCGACGCAAGGUGGGACCAAGGAUAGUCAAAAUCAUGCCACUUCUGCGGAAGUUGUACAACCAGAGUCGAAAACAACUACUGAGGAAACCGCAGCCGCAGGGGGAGGACCCUCUACUCUGGUGGAUCCGGUGCUAAUAAAGUCAGGCAGCAAGGAUAAUUAUGGUGCUACGACCGAAAAUAAUAAAAGUUCUUCGGAUGGCGCGACCAUUGUUGUGAAUCCUGCAACAGGAGUAGACCCUUCUACAACUACAAGUACGACCCAGACGGUGAUCGAACGCGCGAACAAACCGAUGCGGCUGUUUUUCUGUCUCUGCAUUCCGCAACUCGUUAUCGCUUCCGUUUUGGGGGUUCGCGGGGAAAAGAUCAAGGAGAUUAUUCACAAGUCGCGGAUUGACAAGGUGGAUUUACCGAAAUCGCCGAGCUUCGGGACGGACUUCGUUCUGCGAUUGGUCGUAUCAACUGCAAAGAUGUAGUCUAGUGCUGGAACACUGCAACUUGUCAUGCUGAGUCUGAAUCGUAUACAAAACCUGCGUUGCGUGAACGCUAAAACCUAGAACCCACUUCUUGUUGCUACGCAGCAAAAGGCCGAUUUCUCACGCGGAAUAGGCAUGGAGAAGCUCUUGUGCAAAAGGUGAUACAGCUUCGUCGCGCAUUCCAGACGAGCUGCGUGGUGCACGAGAUGCAUGACAGUUCCGCGCACUGCUCUUCCAGACCGAGACAUAUUUGCAGGCCAUAGGUCGGCGAUAUGGAAAGCAUUCUGGUGGCAACCACGAUGAUUUACGAGGUACUUGUGGUGUGUUUUUGUCUGAUGUAGUGAGUAGUACUUGGAAGUAUGCAUGACAAAAUAAAAGGGUUUCUCAUGCGCGUUAGGAAGAUCGUUCAAAAUGGAAUCAUCAAAUCGAAAAAGAUUGUCCAAGCUGUCGCGAACGAAGCGCGACUGUCUGAACGCGAUUUCACGGUGAAGCCGAAGAUGUAUAUGGAUUGCAAAUAUGUCUGGGUCUGGAAGCCUGUGAUGCUGAGUGCCGAUGAUUGAGCAUACUCCUGGGUGCAGCCAGGCAUGACAAAUUUCUCGGACACUUGUUCCUCAUCCGACGUGCGCAUCAGAAACUGCGCUUUUGCAUGACAAGAGAAGGCUUCUUUUUCUUAGUCAUGCAAUACAGAUUUAUACAGGAAUUCAAGAUGCGCAAUACAGGUUCCAAUCUUGUUCCAGACCCAGACAUAUCUGCAUUUGAUAAUGUACUCGAACUUGCAACUCGUGAAGGAGUCGCAGAUGAUGCCGAACUUUUUGAUAUCAUUCGGAAAAACGUCCCCACACCAGAGUCAAGAUGGGAAACCUGCUAGACAAAUCAACCAGCUUUGGCUGUUGCGCAUGACAGGUCUGGCCUCGUAGUGUAAUGCUGUUGCAGUAGUUCAGCAGCAUCACAGACCUAGCACCCAAUGCUGACUGGAGCAUAGCAAAUUCCAAAACGCCACUAGAAAACUCUUCCCAUGUGGCUCCGCAUGAGAAAUAUUUUCAGCAUACAGAUUUGCAUCACAGAUAUAGGGUGGGGACGUUUUUCCACAGGAUACUUGAACACCGUGCUGUCACCCCUGCAAGUCACCCAGAAUUUCAAAUUUUUGGUUUCCAAAAACGAAGUAUCAGAGUGCACAACUUCCACCCGUGUGGUCGCCACUUCCCCGCAUUCGAUGGCAUGCAAAAACCCAAACACAGUUACAGAUUUUGCCUGUAUUGAGCACCGUCUGCAUAACAAACUAAGUGCCUAAAACAGUACAACAAUCUUUUCCCGCAGAUUUGUCUUGUGGAAGCUACAUCUCUGCCGUUGCUUGUGUUGCUGCUCACGCGUUGUGAUAAAUGCGGGCCGAGGUGGGGGGGUAGUUGUGCCCCCGGAUACAAAGCUAGCUGGAUGAUCGGGAGGAACGGUAAAGGAAUUUGUAUUGCGUGAUACGACCGAGAAACUGGAUCUGUGAUGCGUGAUAGGGAAGAAUAUAUCAAGACCAUUACGCUAUUACCUAUUUUGCUAUUUUACCAUCACAAAAUGUCAAAAAUACUCUACCUUCAGGUAACGUCAUUCUGGAUCUCCGAAAGCAUUCCGGGGCGACUUUUGAAGUGAAGGAGCUGAACAACAUGGGAGAGCAGCGGCUGGUCGAAAUCGUAUGCAUCGCAACUCAUAUGUCUCGGUCCGGAAAAGGAAACAGAAACUUUUGAUGGAGCAGAAUUAUGGAUAGUAACCGGCAUGACGGCACUUGCAAGCGGAACAAAGCAUGACAACUUUCGAAAACGCUUCACAAAGAUCGCUUAGCAUGACAACUUUUGAAAGCGCUUUUCGUCGUGCGCAGUGCGCGUUGGUGCAUAACUGAGAAGAAGGAUCAGCUUUAUUUAUCGUCCAUGCUGCAAUAAAAUAAAUACAGCUUCCCCUUUUGCAGCAAUGUUAGACACGAUGCCUAGCGGGGUAGUUUCACUUUUCCAGACCCAAGCAUCUUUGCAGUCUAUAGACCGUAUGCAUUGCAAAAAUGUCUGGGUCUGGAAGAGUCGGGGCUUGUUAUGCACAUUUUGCAUGACCCAUCAAGUCUGUGAUGCUGGUGCUAGCAUCACAGAUUUUUUGAGAGCUUCUUGAUGCUGAUUACGCAUGAGAAAUGCCCUCUCCGCGUGCCAAGAGCUGACUCCUCUUGCUGCUCAUGCAACACAGACAUUUUUAGAAUCCGCAGACAGCAUCACAAGUUCCACUCUUCCAGACCCAAGCAUCUUUGCAGUCGAGAGACCGGCGGGGUGUACCAAUUCAAGCUCGCGGGCGUGGAGUUGUUUGUCAAGUGCUUAGAAACCUGUGCGCAAAGGACGUUUUUGGUGAACCUGCUGGUAUAAAUCGCACCCAUAAAAACUUGUUGCUGUAGAAGAAGUUCUCUACUGUAAAAGUACAUGAUUGCUACUGUCGUUGCUCUUUAACAUUUAGAUAGAGGACCACUACGCAUUUAUGUCAUUGCACGUGCACCACGAGCAGCACGACAAUCGUGAGUCCACGGAGCCAGAAAAAUUUCAACGGUGAAUGGCCAAACUCCCGACCGCCUUCCCCCCCUGGUGAAUGGUCAAACUCCCGACCUUUCCCUUCUGGCGAAUGGCCAACCCCCGCCCUUUCGUUCCAUUCUGUUUGCGCGGUGAAUGGUCAAACUCCUGGCCUUCCCAUUCUGUUUAGCAGUGCACGGAAGCCACGGGAGGGCGCCGGGGGAGGAUGGUGGGGCCCAAAGAACAAGCGCCCACGCUUGGAGGUCGGACCCCAGAGCCCCGCCCGGGGGACUUAUUUGCCCAAUUGGAUCGCAAUCACGGCACUGAAGUAGACUUGACUUGUCAUAUCUGGCGAGGAGGACGAGUUUAGUGCUACUUUGAAUCUUGCUCAAAAUUUUUUCACUAAAACGCAGUAUUUGGUCGAUUUCGAUAAAUUGCUUUUAUUGAUAAACACCUUAUACACUCUUUUGGCUUUUUGUACCCAUAGGAUUUUCACGCCUACCAUCUCUAGUCACAGUUCAUCGUUGUGAAGUAUAAGCAAGGUUCUUUUGCGCUAGCGCGGAAGAAGUAUGCUAGUGCUACCAGAAUUCAUUCCGCGGAAAAUGAAAAAGUCGAAUCGCACCACUCUAGAAUGAAUCCAAUUUGAACAACUGUUCGCACCCUAGUUUCUCUCUCUCUUUAUUUCGUAUGAUUCAGAAGAAAUAAGCACUCAGAGGAAAUCAAGACAAGUCUAUCUAGUCAUAAUAUCUGAGCACUCAGAUCUUCUAUCGAUAUCUGACCACUCAGAAGAUAUAGACAGUGAUUUGAGCACUCAGAAGAAAUAAGCAUCAUUUGUGCAGCACGACAAUCGUGAGUCCACGGAGCCAGAAAAAUUUCAACUCCGCCAGCAAACUAUAAUACACGAAAAGAACAAGAACCUCACACACGACAAUUCCCAUUUCCACCAGGUACCCACGAUUGGCAUCGAGCGCAUGUCCGCGAAGUCGAUGCUGACGGAGGUCCGGAAGGCUUCAAACUGCAUCAGAGUCGACAUGGAGGAUAUGGCAAGAAAAAACUGUUUCACUGUGAACUUGUGAUGCAGAAAAUGGAGCACAGAACUAUUUGUCUCUUUACACCUGCAUAGGGCAUUGGAGUUUCAACUGUGUUUUCCCCUAUGGGAAACGCGUGCGUGGCAAAUUUUCUGUGUCAUGUGACGGAAAGAACUUGUGAUGCGGUUCUUGCAAUAAAAUUAUCACAGUGAAGCUGUUUUUUCUUGCGAUAGAGGAACCCGGACCGACCACCCCCCCGCUGAAGUUGGAAUUCGCUAGUUCGGUUAUCCUGUGCAAAAGUAUCGAGUACUCGUACUAAUUGCUUUUAUGCAUUACAAAUCUUUUUUUUGAAGGCAAAUCCGCAUUACAAAUUUACUUUGUAAUGCUGGGCUAAUUUGUAUUGCAAUUCAUACUACUAGUACGAUGCUUUCGCAGUUCAUAGCGGUGCGUUCCCGACAAUUCGACGAGAAGCUGCACAAGCACGAGCAGUGGCGCAAAAUUGUGAUUCAGGGAAGCUCCUACGAACAACUUCGGAUCGCCACGCAAAUGCUGACCCAGAAAUUGGAGGAAGCGAUUACGCACAAGGACCUGCACAUCGGCACGAUGCUGGAGCCCGAAAGUCUCAGCAGGGUCCGGCUCUUUUUGAGCCGGGAAGAGGUCGGGUGGAUUAUUGGGAAGGUAUAAUAUUAAUUCCCCGCCGCUGUAUUAAAAAAAGUGAAAGUGAAAUUUUAUUGCUUGUUCCCGAUGGUCUGAUUUUCAUUUUGUUUUACGGAACAAGUAUUCCGAUCCCGAGAAGAAGUUCAAUUUGCCCGAGCCCGAGAAGAAGUGCGGACUUCGAUUUUCUCUCGAAAAAUGAAAAGUUUUGUCAUGCGAGGAUGGCAUAUUGAAAACAAAAUAAAAUUCCAGGGCGGCAAGGUUAUGAAGGAUAUCCGGCGGACGUCUGGGGCUUCAGUACGAAAAGUUUGGAUCAUUCGGUCUGGCGGUCGGGAAAAAGAUAAAAUUUGUGAUGCUGAUAUAUUUCACGCAAACUCAAGCAAACAGCGACUAUUGCAUGACAAAGUAGAACAGCUUGUGUCAGAUAAAAAGCAGCUUUUAUGCAUUGCGGAUUGAUUCACUCUGUUGCAGUCAGUCCGGGGGCCAGCAGACACGAUGGAUUCAUAAGUGGAUAAACUACCUACAUCCACGAUGUGGCGUCCGUUGUCACCGCCAGCGGCUUAUGGAUUGCACACAUGUCUGGGAGAGUGGAACUUGUAAUGCUGUCUGCGGAUUCUAAAAAUAUCUGUGUUGCAUGAGCAGCAAGAGGAGUCAGCUCUUGGCACGCGGAGAGGGCAUUUCUCAUGCGUAGUUUGCAUCAAGAAGCUCUCAAAAAAUCUGUGAUGCUAGCACCAGCAUCACAGACCUCACGGGUCAUGCAAAAUGUGCAUGACAAGCCCCGACUCUUCCAGACCCGGACAUAUUUGCAUUUGAUAUGGCUCAGCAUCGUCCUCUACCUCGCAAUCGACGAAUCCAGGACAGUCAUCAGCUGCUGAUGCCCCCGCGGGAACGAACGCACAACAAACUACCUCUUCCGAACAGCAGCAGAUCAACCCUUCCAACCACAAGAUUGUGGAGAUUCAGGGCUAUGAAUUGCAAAAGCAUCGUACUAGUACAAAUUGCAUCACCAAUUUUCUCGGCACGGAGAAUUGGAUUUGUCAUGCUGUUUUGGCUUGGAAAGAAAAUUUGUCAUGCAGGCCUGCAAUUAGUACGAGUACGAUAGUUUUGCACAGGAUAAGGGGCGGCUGGAAGCAAUUUUGUCCUGUCUAUCAAAGUGAAAAAAGCCCCCACCACAUGGAAAAAAGGAAAUUUCUGUUGCUGGAUUUCUGUACACAAAUCACCGCUGCACUGCAGAGGGCGCUUGGACAGGCAAUUCCUAAGCCUGGUUGGGCAUGCAACAGGGUAGGACUUAGGCAUGGCAGACACCCUUGCAGUAAGCAGAAGCGCAUUACAGAUUGGCUGUGGAAUGCGCCAAACGGCUCCCCUUUGCGCUAUAUGCAAGACAGAGCUGAUUUGUGGUCGCAAAUCAGCAGCACAAGUUUCCUUCUCGAGAUGGGGAGGGGGGAUUUUUCCUCACAAUACUGUCUAGAACUGAUGCUCCGGGUCGCGGAAAAAUUCCAGAACUAUGCAGUGCAAAAUGUGUUAUCUGUGUCCUCUGGAUGUCCGAAUGUGUGUAAGCAGCCCUGCCUCCUCUUUUGGGGCCGCGCAUGACAAGUUUUUGGGCUGCUAUGCGUACUUCCGUAACUUGUCGCAUGACAAAUUCAUGGCAUGACAAAAAAGAGAGGGGCUGUAUCUUCGCAAUAGGUAUGACAGGUUCUUCUUUCCUGUCAGCUAAGCAUGCGAAAUGUUGCAGUUAGGUGCCAGGAGACACAGAUUAGCUAUUUGGAGUGGAUAAAAACCGGCAGAGCACGAUCAAUAUCGUGCUGGAAAAGGAUAUCGCAAGAAAAAACUGCUUCACUCGAAAAUUGUAAAAUGCAGAAAAUGCAUCGGAGAAGUUCUCUUGCUAAAUAUGCAAGACAUUAGUUUUUUAAACGUGGUGUUUUCUCGUAGGAAUCUCGCAUGGCAAAUUUUUUCUGUCAUGUAGAACAAACUGUGAAUGUGAAGUGAUGCAAAACUUGCGAAAUUGUUACUUUACAGUGAAACACUUUUUUUCUCACGAUAAAGGAGAUGAUACUGGCGGGAGGAGGUGGAAAUGGAACUAGUACGGCGAACACAUCAAGUCCUGCACUUUCGUCAGCCUCAGAGAAGGAGAAAGACGAUACUGCUGUUCUUGGCGCGACGACCGGUACCGUUGCUGAUGCGACAGGAGCUCGUCCUGCGCCAACCUCGGAAAAUAAGCCAGCUACAGCACAACCCACGUCCGCGGCCACUUCCGCCUCUGGCGCUUGGAUAUUGGAGAAGGUGAAGAAAUGCUGCCCCUCGCAGGUGCCGCGCAUGUGGUUUCAGCAGGUGGAAUAUGACAAUGCACAACUUCCCCUCCCUCUCAUUUGUAAUGCAAAACCCCAACUCCAAGCGCUGCCCUGUGGCACUGUUUGCGUGACAAAUUCCGGAAGCCCAAACAGUACUACACGAGGCGCAUAAAUUUGUAAUGCACAGGCUCCACGUGUGGCUGUGUUUGUAUUGCUGCUCAUGCCAUGCAAACGAGAAGGAGGGGGGGUUGUGCACUCUCAUAUCGAAGCGAUUGCGGGGGACAACGAGUCUAACCUGCCCAUGAUCCAAAUCGAGGGCCACAACGACGCGGGCCGGCGGUGCGCCAUGGUGCUCUGUCUCAUGCUGGCAGAGUACACCACCGGAGUAAUGCGGGUCGGCGGCGGUGGUACUAACGGCAAUGGCGGUACUAGCGCGGUCGCAGGCGCGCCGGCGGUAGGAUCUGCUUGCGGAGGGUCGAAGGAGCAUCAAAUAGCGGGAAGUGCAGCGCACUUACCAGCUGCUGGAGAGAACAUCAAGGAAACUACUACGGCUACUACAACCAGUAUCGCAAGAAAAAACUGUUUCACUGUAAACUUGUAAUGCAGAAAAUGCAUCCGAGAAGUAUUUGUCUUGCUACACAUGCAAGACAGUGGAUUUUUAGUUGUGUUUUUCCUUAGGAAUCUCGUAUGGCAAAUUUUCUCUGUGAUGUAGAACAAACUUGUGAUGCAAAACUUGCAAAAUCCUUACAGUGAAACACUUUUUUCAUACGAUAACCAGCACCACCACUCUGCAGAACCAACCGCCCAUUCUUGUCACCAACACGGAGUUGAGAGGUGUCGGUCACGUGGAAAUGAAAGCGGUGAGCAGCAACAGCAGCAGCACUGCUGGUGGCAACAUUGGUGCCGAAAUAAUGCUGCAGCCCCAACAUUCGACUACGAAGCAAGAGGGAAUGGCAGGCGUGGCAUCGACUACAACAUCUUCUGCUACGCAGGGGGUCGUGGGGAAGAUGAGCAAAGCUGCGGGCGGUGCCACCGCAACUGCGACUGGUAGUUGUCCUGGCUCAUCAAUGGGCCACCAGUUUUUGGUCUCGGAGAAGGUCGGGGAACAGGAUUUGGAGUUGAAUGACAAGGGGGGAGGUGGAGUAGAGUGAACAAGCACUCGGGGGGAAGGUCGUGCAGGCUUCCUUGAUGACUGCUCGGAUAAUUCCGCUUGAUGCUCGUUAUAUGCUUUUUCGGAAGUAUAAUACUGACUUUUUCUACUUAAUACGAUGUGGGGAGCCACUCACGAGAUUGUACUCAUGAUGUCGUGCAGAGGCCAGAGCCAGGGGCAUGCUUUUUGAGCCUGCUCCGCUGAGCCAUUCACUCGAGACGAAUUUCACUUUGGGAUUGAUUGGUGGUUCGAAAGUUUUGAAUAAGAUCAAAAACUACACCCUGUGAAGAUCAUGAUCAUUUCAAGUAUGAUUUCAUUCGAUGUAAGCUACUUUUUUUACUACUUAUUUUGGUCACCGG